UUUUACUACACACUCACUUUACCUUGGUAACAGCCUCUUCCCCUGAUACCUUAUUAGUUUAUAAUACCCACAAUCUCUAGAAUUUCUGUAUGUGUAAAAUAGGAUAUCUAGGUAUAGUCCUGGAUGUGAAAGAAAUUUGCUGCUUCCCUGCAGCGCCGGAUUUCUACUGGGGGCACCUAUGUUUGUGUUGCCCUUGGCCUGGGCCUUUGCGGCCUUUCCAAAAAUCCGGGCCUGCUUCCCUAUGCUUCAAGCAAGCUUUUCACUUUUUUUGAAUACAUUGAGUCUAAACCAGCACAGACCAGCCGACCAUUUUAUCUGGAGCUCAGACUGUUAGCAGAGGAGGAGCAAUAUGAGGUGGGCGAGGCUUUCACACUUUUCCAGCAUACUGGCCGUGUGGAUGAUAAGAGAGCUUCAAUUUCACUGUCUAUUCACGGAUAUUGUGGAAAUUAAAUUACCAUGGCGUCUGAUCAUGAUGUUCCUUCGACAUCAAGAACUGCUGCAGAAAGGUAUGAAGAACUCAUAUUCAAGAUGAGGACUCAGCCAGUGCUGCAAAAGGCAGGGGAGAGUUUCCCAUAUACUCCGCAACAAAAAAAGAAAAAAAAUCCUGACAUGGUUUCGCUGAGUGAUCUACAAUCAGCAGACAACCGGCUUGGAAACACUAAUUGGUGUUUCUGUGGGAACUGUGUUCCAAUGCCCACCACCACAGAGUCUAUAUGUUGCUUGGAGGAGCCUGCAAUCGAAAUAAAAAUCCCUGAAGGAGGGCAUUGUGUUACAGAAUGCCAGCAUUUUGACACACAUUUUACUAACAAAGAGCAGGCAGAUUUGAAUUUAAAGAUGCAGUGUUGGAAUAUGAAAAAAAAACCCAAAGAAUCAGAAUACUUGAGAGGUCUCAGAAAGGCAAGCUAUCGGUGCUUCACAGCAUGGGUUUACGGCUACCUGGGGAGUGGAAUACGUAAACCAAUACCAGCAUGUGCUGUGAAAGCCAUAAGGUCAGCCUUCCCUGACCCAAAGGGAAAAUAUAUUGGUUUUUUAAGUGUGUGUGAUUAUGCAGCAGAAGACAUGAUUUUUGAAUAAAUUUGUUGUUCAUUUUUUUGUGUGUGUAUAAAUGUAUAUAUGUUUAUUCAAAAUUUUGUACAUACACACCACUUACAAAAAACUUAGUUAGUUUUAAAUUUGUUUUAUUUGAAUAAACAUAAGUUUAAUCUU